GCAUGCAUCUACGAAGGCGCCCCAGAACCUUUUCUGCAAGAUCGCUCGGUGCUCUACUAAAUUCUGAAAGAUGUCGAAUCACGCCAGGCACACCGUCACAAGGCGGCCGCUAGGCGGCACUCCCGCAGACAGAUCCCUGCAAGUCCUGCCCCUCCGCGGGGCUUUUGGCCUCCAAAACUUUUAAUUCUCAGCACUGCAAUAAUCGGCGCAACCCCACCAAUCGACGUACCACACCAUGGCUGACCAACUCCGAGUCCUCCUCGUCGGCAACGGCGGUCGCGAGCACGCCAUCGCCUGGAAACUGCUCCAGUCUCCGCGCAUCGAGCACAUCUACGUCUGCCCCGGCAACGGCGGCACCGCAACCAUCUCCCCCAAAGUCACAAACGUCACGUCAGUCAAGGACACGGACUUCGCCGCCCUCGUCGCCUUUGCCCAGGAACACAACGUCAAUUUCCUCAUCCCCGGCCCCGAGGCGCCCCUCGUCGCGGGCAUCGUCGACCACUUCGCCCAGCAUGCGCCGCACGUCAAGGCCUUCGGGCCCAGCCAGGCUGCCGCCACAAUGGAGGGCAGCAAGACGUUCAGCAAGGACUUCAUGAAGCGGCACAACAUCCCGACCGCGGCGUACGAAAACUUCUCCUCGUACGACGCCGCCACAAAGUACCUCGACUCCAUCUCGCACCCCGUCGUGAUCAAGGCCUCGGGCCUCGCAGCCGGCAAGGGCGUCAUCAUCCCGCAGACCAAGGAAGAAGCACACGCCGCGCUCAAGGACAUGAUGCUGAGCAAGGAAUUCGGCAGCGCAGGCGACGAGGUCGUCAUCGAGGAACUCCUCACCGGCGACGAGCUGUCCAUCCUCACCUUCAGCGACGGCCACUCCAUCAAGUCCCUCCCGCCCGCGCAGGACCACAAGCGCAUCUUCGACCACGACCAGGGGCCUAACACAGGCGGUAUGGGCACGUACGCGCCGACGCGCAUCGCGCCGCCAGAGCUGCUGGCGCAGAUUGACAGAGACGUGCUGCAGCCCACGGUCGACGGCAUGCGCAACGAGGGCUUCACAUUCAAGGGCGUGCUGUUCACGGGGCUGAUGAUGACGCCGCAAGGCGCCAAGGUGCUCGAGUACAACGUGCGCUUUGGCGAUCCUGAGACGCAGUCGCUGCUGUGUCUGAUGGAGGGCGAUCUGGCCGAGGUCAUGCUGGCGUGUGCCGAGGGGCGCUUGAGUGACGCCGACGUUGACGUCAAAGUCUCGUCUCGCUCAGCGGCCACGGUCGUCGUCGCUGCGGGCGGAUACCCCGGGAGCUACGCCAAGGGCACGCCGAUGCAGCUCGACGCCGUGGGUGCGGAUACGGUGCUGUUCCACGCCGGCACGGCGGUGAAGGACGGGCAGCUUGUGACGGCUGGCGGGCGCGUGAUAGCAGCGACGGCGACGGCUGCGACGCUGGAGGAAGCCGUUGCCAAGGCGUACAAGGGCGUCGAGUGCAUUCACUUCGAGGGCAUGCAGUUCCGGACGGACAUUGCCGGGCGGGCAUUGAAGAAGUAGUCAUGCCCGGUGUGGCAUGACCCGGACCAUUAUUGGACGGUGCACGAGAAACGCAAUACCAUAGACAAAUCCUGAACGACAUCGCUCAGCGUGCUUUUUAUAUC